AUGGGCUUGCAAUCUUGUCCAAAAAGAUCCCUCAACCCGCGAAACUGGAAAACUCGAACACCAGCCUCUCUCCUUCUCACUCAGCUCUCUCAGAUCUCUCAGAUCUCGAUUCUCACUCUCUCCUCUCUCCUUCAUCUUCUCACUCUCUCGAUUCUUCUUGGUCUCUCCUUCUUCUUCUUAGCCUCUACUUCAUCUUUCGCGACCGGAUUAGUGGACCUCCCCAGCAACAACAGAGCUGUUUUUAAUUCGGAUAUUGGGAAACUUGGUGCUACAAAAGGAUUUGCUGGGAAGGAUGUAGUGAUUGUGGCGGCUUACCGAACUGCCAUUUACAAAGCAAAGCGAGGCGGUUUUAAGGAUACUUUAGCUGAUGAUUUACUGGCACCUGUUUUGAAGAUAUGGAGGAUGAAGUUAGAGAAUUGGGGGAAAGAAGAGGAACUUCAAGUUUGGAUGCCCAAGAUUGUGGACCCAAAAACUGGAGAGGAGAGGCAUGUUACAAUUUAUGUGGAUGAUGGCAUCCAGCCAAAUGCAAACAUGACUGAUUUGGCGAAAUUGAAGCUUGCAUUUAAAUCAGAUGGGACAACAACUGCAGGAAAUGCUAGCCAGGUAAGUGAUGGUGCUUGAGUAGUACUCCUGAUGAAGAGAAGUGUAGCUAUUCAGAAGGGACUUCCUAUUAUUGGUGUUUUCAGUGGGAAAGAAAAGCAAAUCACUACACAAUGGAGAAUGUUGAUGUUGUCCCGGCAGAGUAGGCAAAAUAUGUUCUUAAGUUUAAAGAUAGCUAGUGUGUAGGUUAAUUAGUAGUUGGAGAUAUGUAGCAUAAGCUUUUGGACAUGCAUAGUUGAUAUAUAGGCCAGACUUUGACUUACAGUACUGCUAGCUAUUUUGCUGUGUUGUUUAGUUGGUUGCCCAGAUUGUGUAGUGCUUCUGGUUUAUUAGCUUGCAGUACUGUGUGCAUAUAUUUUGUUGGCUGCCCAGAUUAGUAGAUUUGGGUCAUUUUGAACUGAUGCUCAUGAUUAAUUUGUGUACAUGAGACAAUGGUGGAUUAAUGGAAAUUGCAAUGAAUAAUUUUGGA